ACAGGUCUAAAGAGAGCCUGUGAGAAACAGAAGAAAAGAAACACAUAAAUAGAAAAGGAGUCACAAGGUAAGAAGGAGAGGAGAGAGAGAGGUGAGAAAGAGAGAGCGAGUAAGAGAAGAGAGCAUGUGGCGCGCAGACAGAGGAGUGGAGAGAAUAAGAGCGCUCUCUCACCCCAUCUUCACAGACAGCAGCUAAUGAACUAAGAAAGCCAGAGACGACACGUAUAAAACUAGUGAUCUGCUACCUGAGGAAACUUUCUGACACCUACAAGACACCUGUCAGAGACUAUCACUGGGUUGCACAGGAAAAAAAAAAGAGCCUAGCUGGAAGAUGCACUUCUCUCUUGGAGAAUAACGUAAAUGCUGGGACAAUGGGAGACUGAUAGGACACUCUUUUGACCUCUGCGCUGACACCUUGUAGGAUGGAAAGACGGAAAUUGGAAUGGAAAAUUCUGCAUGGAAAUUUCUGAUGAUUUCCUAUGACAGUUUUUUGUCAGUUUAGAGCGUCAAGCUUCAGCUCUGUCAGAUCGCGUGAACGAAGUGCUAACUCUUUCAACAUGUCUCCUGAUGACGUAAAGAGUCAACUUUAUCCCACACACCUCCAAAAUGUGAUUACAAAACUCUCAGACGCCAGACAAGUCAACAUACUCUACAAAGCCCGAAAACCCUGUCUGAUUGUGACAGUUUCAAGGUAAGAACUUUGAGUAGAAUGAAAGCGAGCCAGACACAAACAUCUGAACACAUUUACAGCAUAAAACGACAAUGUUUUGUUAGCAUUCAAUGACAAAUAGAGAUUGAGUCUGGUAUUGUCGAAAAAUAAGAAGACAUUUGACUGCAUUUUAAAGCAGUCUGCAUAUAAACGACAGUGAAAUGAGGUUGCUUGUUCAUAUUUACAGCCUCUACUUGUCAUAAUUCCUCUCCUAGUAACAUAAGGGCAUGAACACAAACACGGUUCAGCAUGCAAAAACACUCAAGACCCAUUCGUCUCUACAAACAGUCGCCACCGUGUCAAUAUUUCCCUCUCACAGAUGUUGAAUCCAGGUUGGCAGCUGAACUUCAUGGCACCAUGGUCAAUGUGACACCCAGUAUAGACCCAGCGGUGGCCCACGAGAGGUACAACUACCUCGCGUUGAUAUGCGGCGUGCCUCUCAUCCUCAUCAUCAUCUUGGGGAAUGUCCUAGUGUGUCUCAGUGUGUUGACCGAACGCUCUCUUAAAACCGCAACUAACUACUUUAUCGUCAGUUUGGCUGUGGCUGACCUUCUUUUGGCCGUGCUGGUCCUGCCGCUCUACGUCUACUCUGAGUUUCUGGGAGGCAUGUGGACCCUGAGUAUGUACAUCUGUGAUGCCCUAAUGACAAUGGACGUGAUGCUCUGCACUGCCUCCAUUUUGAAUCUAUGUGCAAUUAGUGUGGACAGGUACAUUGCAGUAGUGGUCCCCCUGAAAUACAACAGGAACCAGUUUAGUGUUCGUCAGCUAGCCUUGAUCACAGCCACCUGGGUGCUUUCCCUAGGUGUAGCCAGUCCUGUCAUAUUCGGCUUAAACCAGGUCCCCAACAGGGACCCUCAUGUGUGUAAGCUGGAGGACAACCAGUUUGUGGUCUAUUCCUCCAUCUGCUCCUUCUUUGUCCCCUGCCCUGUCAUGCUCCUCCUGUACUACUGGAUGUUCAGGGGACUAAAGCGAUGGAGCUCUGGUCGUAGCCGGUCGCACCUCCACCACCCCCCCAGAGGCCGUAGAAGCCUGUCUUUGCGCCUAGGAGCGGCUCUACAAAAGGAGAAGGGACGGGCAAGGGAAAAGGUGGUGUACCUCAUGCCUGCAAGUCUCAGUCCGACAUCUCUCACCGCUACCCCGACUACUCCAGUCUCCCCAGCCAGCCCGGUUACUCUUACCACAGAUGAGCAGGCAGAAGGUCAGACGCCGGCAGCAGAGAGUGACCCCAUGACCACCCAGAUGGACAGUGUUUCGGAUGCAGAGAACCCUGAGCGUGCCACUGAGGAUGAGAGCGGACGGGAGAAUGGUGUAGGGAAGAACCAUCGUCCUCAUACGGGACGCCGCCACAGCAAGAGCAACAGGGUGAGCGGACGAGAGCGGAAGGCAAUGAAGGUGCUGCCCGUGGUUGUGGGUGUGUUUCUGGCCUGCUGGACUCCUUUCUUCGUGGUCCAUGUGACGAAGGCGCUGUGUGAGUCAUGUGACAUCGGGCCGACGCUGAUCAGUGUGGUCACAUGGCUCGGUUACGUGAACAGCGCCGUCAACCCCAUCAUCUACACUGCCUUCAAUGUGGAGUUCAGGAACGUCUUUCACAAACUGCUCUGCUGUCGCUCCUAAGGCCAAACCCUCUUUAGCACAAGCCUAAAUUCAUGAUGAAUAAUUAAAUAAUUAAAACAAUUAUGAUUAAAGGAAGCAAAGACAAAAACACCUGGAUGAGCUGAGUACACAGUGUUCUCCAAGCAAAGGAAUGCUUUAAGAAAACUGAACAUUACGAAACGAUGGAUUACCGAAAAGACUGAAUGCGCAGUGGGAUGUACCGCUGAGGAAAACUUCUGAUGCCUUAGUCAACCGAACAUUUUCUUGUAAAAUUAUUGCUUGAACACUACAGUUGAUAACAGAAUACUGUUGAUCCCAUAGCCCAGAGGCAUAAAAUAUGUGAAAACGUCCACAUUGAAGUUAACAGUUGUCUGUGUUUGAGAUGUUGUAUUGGUAUCAGUGUUGAUUUAAUUAUAUUUAAAUGAAUUUUAAAAUGAAUCUUAUCUUUCCCCCUUCUUUUUUAAGUGUUGGUUGUUUUCAAUAGAUAUGCUGAGUGCUCAGCCAGCUUUUUAAUUUAAGAGAAAGUUAGAUCAUGAGCUGUGUUUGGAAUGGCAUACCAGCAUACUGUGUAAAAAGCAGUAUAUUGUCAGUGGGAAGCCUAAUGUUUUGAAAAAUUGAAUGAACAGUGGCAGAACUUGACACAUUGUAUGUUUACUUCAACUACGACCCAGUUAUCAUCUCAAAUACAGUCGCAGUGUGCUUUUAUUUCAAGCAUGUGCUCAUUUAUUUUUCACACAUGCAUAUUAUAUGCUAGAAGACUGCUAUACUAAUACAAGAAAUAUGGUGUCUACUAGUAUGGUAGGCUAGUAUGCUUAUUCUAUUCCGAACACAGCCAUCGAUUCUUAAAGCUGCAUAUGGUGAGAUUGUUUAUUACUACAUUUUCCCUGACAAAAUGAUCCAAGCUCUGUAAAACCAUGUAAACAUAGCCAGGGAAAGAUCUCAUUUUCAUGCCUACGUCACCUUUAGUUAGAACAAACGAUGUUAAGAAGUUAAUUCUGUGGCUUCAUCCAUACAAAGAGGAAAAUGUGCCAACUGUUGGGGGUGUAUAUACAGUUGCCAAAAUCAUUGGAUGCCUUUCUCUGCCCUAGUGCACACAGUCUGCCAAUUUAGUUUUGUUGCAAGUGUGAUACACAAAAUGUGUACUGUAGAUAUGCUCAGCAUUGACUGGUAAUAAACUGCAUAAUGGCAUGGGGAUUGUGGGUAUUAUCUGGGGCGGAUUAUAGUAAUUGUGCUUCUAAGAAUCAGUGUUGUAAAGAGACUUGUGGAAUGAGUAUUGCUGUUCGUGUACAGGAUCAUCAAUGCAUCUGUCACUUUAUGGAGAUGUGUGUGCUUUACUGCUUAGACUGUACAAAUAUAUAAGCAGUGAGCUUCAUAAGUCUGAAACAUCACUAACAAUCUGGGGUUGAAUUUAGGAUUUGUGAAAUUCAUCUUAAUUUUACUUUACUAUGGUAA